AAGUUCAUUUCUAGAUUUAAUAUAAAAGAUACACUUCAGGAAACCUUUAGUUUACUUUAUACCACCUCGGUUUAAUAACCAUUUCAAAAUGAAUAUACUGUUAUUCGCAUUAUGUUUGGCUGUGGUAAUCAUCGGCUGUAACUCCCAAUUACUGGGAAAGUUGUUUGGCGUAGCAGAAAAUGCAGUAGUAAGAACACUAAAGUAUGACAACAGCAACAAUGGUAGCGGCAAUUACGAGUUCAAAUAUGAACAAUCUGAUAAGACUAAGCAUGAGCAAACGGGUCUACUUAAAAAUGCGGACGGCCUCAAUCCGUUUGUGAUCGCGAAAGGAUUUUACGAGUGGAUUUCACCUGAAAACAAGAAAUACCAUGUCCAGUAUGAAGCUGAUGAAAAUGGAUACCGGUCGGAAUUAGAAGAGGGUCCCGGAGUUCCCCCCGUUGUUGCCAGUACUUUGCUUGGCAGAUAAUUUAAUAUGUACAUAUCUAUAUAUUAAACUUGCAUUUAUGUAAAUUCAAAAUAGCCGUGAUAUUUAUUUUACUCUAUUAUAUUUGUGAACCGAUUAGAAUAAAAUACACAGACUACAUUUUAAGUGAACUCACCACAGUAUGUUAGUAAAAACUACAC